CCCCCCCCCCCCCCCAGCUUCCUUCCUUCCCCUUUUCCCGAGGCCUCAGAGCGUAAACCCUAUCGAUCGAUCGAUCGAGCGGGCGGGUGGAUGAAGAUCCAGUGCAACGCGUGCGGGUCGGCGGAGGCGCGGGUGCUGUGCUGCGCGGACGAGGCGGCCCUCUGCGCCGCCUGCGACGAGGAGGUGCACGCCGCCAACAGGCUCGCCGGGAAGCACCAGCGCGUGCCGCUCCUCUCCGAUGCGCACGCGCCCACGGCGGCCGCCGCCGCCGAGCCGCCCAAGUGCGACAUCUGCCAGGAUGCUUCUGGAUACUUCUUCUGCUUGGAAGACCGUGCUUUACUUUGUAGAGAUUGCGAUGUUGCUAUACACACAGUAAAUUCCUUUGUUUCAGUACAUCAAAGGUUCCUGCUAACAGGAGUUCAGGUUGGCCUUGAUCCUGCUGAUCCAGUUCCGCCUAUUGCUGACAAGCAUGUUAACGUUUCUGGUGGAUCAGUAGAUUCACAAAUGAAACACUUGCCAAGAAAAAAUCCUACAGUCUUGUUUUCAGGUGAGACUAGUGUAUCUAUUCCCAGCCAAAAUGCAAUCAGUGAAGAUUAUUCCAGGCAGAGUCCUGUUCCAAAUAUCAGGACAGGAAUGGUCAAUUGGACUAUGAACAACAGUGCAAUUAGAUCGGAAGAACCUCCACCUAAGUACCUAUCAGAGGGAAGUCCAACACUUUUGCUAUCUAGUCAGACCACAACAGCCUUCUCCAAUCAAAUGAACAAAGACAGUGACCGGGCAUACAACUUGCCAUUCUCAGGUGGUAAUGGUUCAGACAGUCUACCUGAUUGGCAUGUGGAUGAAUUCUUCAGUAACUCAGAGUAUGGUCCAAACUUGGGCUUCGCUGAACAUGGUUCUUCUAAGGGUGACAAUGCUAAGCUGGGGAGUGCUGGGGGGUCUCCACAGUGCCGUCUGGCUGAAGGCCUGUUUGCAGAAGACCUGUUAGGCCAAGUGCCUGGAUUUGUUGCUGAGGAUCCAUGGGUGGUGCCUGAGGUUCCCUCGCCACCAACAGCUUCGGGUCUCUACUGGCAAGGGAACUUGCGUUACCCUGUGUAUGACCAUGCCAUGUUCGUUCCUGAAAUUCCUUCACUACAGAGCUCCCAGAAUCAUUUCACUGCAUCUGAUGGUUCCAAACGCCGAAGGAGGGAGUUUUGAAUGACCAGAUGAGCAAGGGCUGGAUAUCUCGGUGAAGCUGGACAUCUUGGAAGAGAUCUCGUGGUGACCGAAACCACGUCAAACUGGACUGGACAAUCGUUCAAACAGAUUAAUUCUUCGCCAGUCAGUUGAAAAUAUGUUAUAAUGAUUUUGUUUUUUGGGGUUCUAAAGAUCAUGGUGACUGAAUUGGUUGUUGUGAUCUCUGAGAUGACGGGUUUGUGAUCUCUUUGUACUUUGUGUAUAGACAAAUAAGCAGAGCAUCGAUAAACACCAUGGAUCAUUGCAUCGAUAAAUUUCAGUUGCAUCUCCAGUAGACUGAAGGGUGAUAGAAACAAAUUGGGUUGCCAUCA